AUGGAAGAGAUCGGAAACUUCAUGAGCGGCAGCAACCGCUCCCCACAGUCCCGAUCUUCAAUGGACCCUCGCAAUCAAGGUGGUUACCAACAACACGUGCCCAGCAACCCCGGUCCACGCUCCCCUCACUCCCGAACUUCAGUGGAUUCUCGCGAUCGCGGUGGUUACCAACAACGAGCAGCCGCUGACUCCAGUCUUCGAUCUCCUCGCUUACGAUCUUUAGCGGAUCCCGGCGAUCAUGGUCUGGACUACCCACGAGCAUCCACCAACUCCGGUCCACGCUCUCCUCGUUCACAAUCUUUGGCAGAUCAUCGUGAUCGUGGUCAGGACUACCAACAAGCACCCCUAAAUUCCCGUGCCCGCUCCCCUCACCCUCGAUCUACAACAGAUCCUUAUGAUCGUGAGCAAACUCACCAACGGUGGGAUCCCGCAAUUCUACCUCAGACGAAGAAGCCUUUUCAGCCAGAUCCGGUGAACCAUGAUCGUCGUGGCUACAAUCGAAACUUUUACACUGGCGGGGAAGAUGAUGAAUAUCGACACACCCGUGAUUUCACCCCUGGGCACAAUCAGAGUCGCUACCACGAAAUUGAUUCUGAUUAUCGUGGUGACGCCCGUGAGGCACCCAAUCCACCUUCACUCGACCGCCAGCAUACCAGUCACAAUGAGGAUGGCCAUCGUCAUCCUGAUCGAUACAAUGCAGGCCCCGCACGCAGUCACUAUGCCAUAGAAGACCCUCACAAUCUCGCAAAGCGGUCUUACAACGAAGAGGAUGUGGGACAUCCUGUCAUGGGUGCUACUUACCCUGAGCCACCUCCAAAGAAGCGUAAGAUAUCGCAGUUGGAUGACGGCGCUAUCCGCAAGGUUGCUCCCUUGCCAGCACGGCGAAUCCCAUCUGGUGGUCGCCCGACCUCUCCAAACAACGGCAGGCCAGGUUCUUCGAAGGAUUUGUCGAGAGGUUAUCCUCCGAACGGAAGGCUCUACUUGGUUAUCUCAUUUGCUACCCUAUGUUUUCAAGUAUGA